AUGGCGGAUGAUCGCUCUUUUGACGAUGAUUACGGAAUGUCUUAUAGGAAAAAUCCUCCAAGAACACGGAAAAAAAGUAGAUUUUAUGAUGACUAUUAUGAGCCUACGCCCCAAUAUAAACCUCGUGAGGGCCAACGUGUUUAUUCCCCCAUCAAGCCAAUGGUGCCUGAUGAGGCUCACAGACCUCGGAGGAUUCCUAAACAACACCGAGGUGCAACUAGUUCAUCUGGAAUGCAUCGUGGAUCCAGUAACCCAGAAAAGCGCGUUGCUCAGGGAAACGCAGUCAGGCUUCGCAAUGUUUUAAAACUCCCGAAAGCCCAUAAAUGGGUAUUUUAUGAGUGGUUGUAUUCCAAUUUAGACAGGCCCCUUCUCCUUAGCGAAAACGAUUUUCGAAUUUGCCUUCGUGAAAAUUUUCCAAAUGUCAAGACUCGUCGCUUGACCCGUGCUCACUGGUCUCUGCUACGACGUUUGAUGGGAAAGCCCCGCCGUUGUUCGACAGCAUUUUUUGAAGAAGAACGGAGGUCUUUGAAUGAAAAACGUGAAAAGAUCCGCACUUUGCAGGGCACCCGGUCGGUUCAAUUAGAAUUUCUUCGUGAUUUACCUGAUGACAUGCACGUCCCGAUGCCUCUUAUUAUUGGUACAAAAAUUAAUGCUCGCGUUCGUUAUCCAACCGAUGGUCUCUAUCCUGGAAUUGUUGAUGCUAUUGAUUCUCUUCGUCAUUGUUACCGAGUUACAUUUGACAGACCUGCUUUGGGAACUCGUUCUAUUCCUGAUUACGAGGUUAUUAGUAUCGACCCACAGGAAACUAUACCUCUAUCGGCAUACAAAACACAGCAUAAGGCCAGUCGCAAUCUUUUUAUGAGUCCUGCCAGAUUACUAGCACAGUCUGCCCUACAAGGCAAACGUCACAUGCACCAUCAUAAAAUUGCUCAUGCGGUUGGUGGAUCACCUAGCGAGUUUGGGAUUAGUGAUUGCCCACUUUGUCAAACUGGUGAAGGAUCAAAUGCUACUUCUCCAUCAAUUAAGUCCCCAUCAAUUGGAGAAAUGACCUCGGGAAUUAGUGGUGCUGCUCUAGCUCUUAACGAUCCAUCUAGCAGUGGUGGCCGUCUUUUGCUCAACGAAUCGGAUAUUUACGGAGGCUAUCCCAUGAAGUUUCUUGUUAUGGUGACAAAGUUGUCCAAAAUUUUGGAAGUGAAAAAGAUGUGUGUCGAUGAGCUGCAGGAUUUAAAUACCGAGGCGGAGAGAAAAAUUUCCAACCAAUCAGAAAUUACUGCGGACUUUCAAUACAAGUACCUCACUCUUAUUGUGCAUUUGGAACGCCUCAAUAAGGAGUUGAAUCAGUAUUUGAUUCACGUCUUGCAGUAUGCUAAUGAAAUUGCACAAGAACAUGGUGUGACACCAUUAGAACAACCAGCUGAUUUUAAACAGCGAUGUGAGGAAGAUGCUUUUGAUAUCGUAAAUCGUGUGAAGAGUAUCCAAGUUCAACGUCUUCGCAAUAUGAAGAACAUGGAUCUCAUAACUAAGCUCAUUAGCCUUCAGGUGCAAAUUCGGACCCUUAGUGAACAGGACACGUCGUCUCCCGAUUGCUCGAGCAUUUUGGAUUCCCUUCGCGAGAUCAAAUCCACUCUAAAUCCUAACAACCUUGUUACUUUUGACGAUCUUAUUGAUGUGAAGAUUCAACAUGUUAUGAGCGGACUGAAUACGCAGGGCAAUUUGCAUUCCUUCCUCUAUAUGCAUCCAAAUCAUAUGCAGUAUAUAUAA